AAUAGAACCCAAAAAUAAAACAAAAACAAAAAGAACCCAAUAUAUUUCUAAAAAUACCAACACAUUUUCCCACAAAUUACAAAACUGAGUCUUAACAGAGAAGCUGAGCUUCCCUUCUCCAUUUUCAUGGCCGCAAUUGCAGUGGCCUGAUUAUUUGUCCCUCUUCUUUCGCAAACGACUUUGAUCAGUUUUUUUUUUUUUUUUUUGGUUUCGGGAUUAGAGGGGUUUGAUUUUUCCAAAAUAUGGUUCAGUUCUGCCUCAGGCGGAGAAUUCAACGGCGUAUGAUGAUUCUGCGGCGGUGCAUUCGUCGACUCAUGGAUCGACUCCUCAUGUCUUGCCUUAGAAAAACUGUCCGUUACAGAAUGCUUCCUCAAGGCAUCGCGUCCUCGCCUUCACCGAUUGUUGUGGACGGUACUGAUUUCGAAUCCACUCAAGCUGUACCGGCGCCGGCGGAAGUACCUGUUUCGACGCCGGUGAUCAAUCGUAAUUAUGCAAUGGAUUCGGAUUUAGUCUCCUUGAAGAUCAGUCUCUUGGGAGAUUCCAAUAUUGGGAAGACUAGCUUUUUGGAAAAAUACAUGGGUGAGGAGAAAGAAGAGGUAGUUAAACAUGAAAAUGAGAAUGGGUUAAGCUCAAUUGAUAAGAUAUUAAUCGUUGGAGAUGCACGAAUUUCCUAUUCCAUUUGGGAAGUGGGAGGUGAUACGAAAUACCAGGAUCAUAUGGGAAUUGCCUGUAAAGAUUCUGUAGCUAUUCUGUUCAUGUUCGAUCUGACAAGUCGGUGUACCUUGAAUAGUGUCAUUGGAUGGUAUCAACAAGCAAGGAAAUGGAACCAGACGGCAAUUCCAGUUUUGAUUGGAACAAAGUUCGAUGAUUUCAUCCAACUACCCAUAGAUUUGCAAUGGACAAUAGCAAGUCAGGCAAGAUCAUAUGCGAAGGCAUUCAAUGCAACGCUGUUCUUUUCAAGUGCAACGUACAACAUCAAUGUAAACAAGAUCUUCAAAUUUAUCACAGCCAAGAUCUUUGACUUGCCAUGGACUGUGGAGCGCAAUCUCACAAUUGGAGAACCAAUCAUUGAUUUCUAGUGUCUUGUUUUUCCUUUUCUUUGUUUUAACUUGUACAGUAAAGUUUUUCCAAGUCCAUGGGAAGUUGUAAGGCUUACUACAAGUUAGCUUUCCUUGGAUGUUUUGGAGAAAGGCAGAGGCAGAGAGAGAGAGCCCACAUCUCCAUUCCGGAAUAACAUUUCGUCCCUCAACACUAGCAAAAAGAAAAAGCUUAAAGAAUAAAAGUAAAGAGAAAAGAUCGAGCUUUAUUUACACUAGUUAUACAGGACAAAAAAAAAGUGAAGAAAAAAGCCAUAUACAUUAGCAAUUGAAUGUUGGAGAACCAUAUCAUUUAUCUUACUUUAAUUAAACGUAUUAGUAUAUUCUUUUUUUUCUUAUCA